CUUAGAUUUACCUUGUUUUUAAGAUUGAUGAUGUGAGUGCCCUGCUCCAAUGCUCCAAUGCUCCCCUUCCCUGCUCACGAUUGAAAAGAGAAGGAAGCUUGGAGGUUAGCGAGUGCUUGGAGGAAUGGAGGUCGGCGAGCUUGGAGGGCGGUGGGUGCCUGGGUGGAGCCGUGGAAGUUUGGCGAUCUUGAAGCCGAAGAUGGAGAGCUUGGAGGGUGACUCGCCGCCGUUGGAGCCUUGGAGAAUGGAACUUCAAGCUUGGAGGACGGAGGUCGGCGACGGCGAGCGCCUCUGCUGCAGGGUCGUGGAAAUAAAAAAUGAAAGUGAUUGGGGAUUUCUCCCUGGGAUCGACGCAGUGUUUUGAUAUAAGGGCAGAUAAUUACUAUUGUAUAAUUAAAAGUGUGUGUCUUAUAAAUCAAAAAUCGCAUCUAGCAGAGAUGGUGAGAUUGCUUACCAGCAAUUAAGGGGUUAGAGGUUCGACCCACAGUUCCCACCAUAUAUACCUACUAAUUUUUUCUUCCCAGCCAAGGGGGCUGCAUGCACCCCCCUACUUGAUACACAGCUCCGCCACUGAGUGUAGCUUUAACAAAAAUUUAACAAUAUU